ACAAACUAAAAACAACCUUUGCCCACUCAUAUCCCUGAUAAGAAGUUGUUUGUUCUGGGUAUUUCCUCAUUCAUGUGAUAAAUAUAAAGUGGAAUGAGAAGAGCUGAUCAAGACAAAGAAGUAGCUGAAAGAUGAAGACGUCAGUUGUGUAUGUUGUGUUGGCUUUAUCCUUUUCCUGUUUUUCUGUGGUUGAGGUUCAGCCGCUUGAUCAUGAAGCAGGAGAGGGCAACAGCACUGAGAUUCACAGCAUCGAUGAAAACGGAUGCCAACUCGCUGUCAUCUUAAGAGAACUGGAGGCCAAACUGAGAAACACUGAAAAACAAUUACAAGAUCUGAGGCAAGAGUUCCAAGGUAACCGAGUGGCAUUUGGAGCAUCAAUCGGCAACGUUGGAAAUAUUGGACCUUUUAACACUGAGAUCAUAGUCACCUACAAAAAUGUCUUCUCAAACACAGGGGCAUACAACCCUGCGACAGGUAUUUUUACGGCUCCAGUCAAAGGAGUCUAUUACUUCUUCUUCUCUGGCCAUAAUGUUUCAACUAAACCAAUGGGGCUGCGACUGAUGAGGAAUGGAGAGCAGAUGGUUACUGUAUACAACCACCCAGCUGGAAACCGCCACGAGACAGGAACUAAUGGCAUGAAUCUGCAGCUUGAAGAGGGAGACCAGGUGUACAUCAAACUAAGGUCCGACACCUGGAUUUUUGAUAAUGAGAAUAACCACAGUACCUUUACUGGCCAUUUGUUGUUUCCUCUAUAAGUGAAAUAAAGCUCAAAGAAACAUUUGAUAUGUUCUAUCAAAUGUUUCUUUCUUACUCUGAA